AUGGCGGGAAAAAUGAUCCCAUAUGGUGAGGGUAAUACUACUACUACUGUCAACUUUGUGUAGCUUUUGUGAAUCUCCAUUUAGCAUUGGAACAAGCCAGGGGUAGCGUUUUUACCUUGGUUAGAAAUGGUAUGGUUAUAAAGAUCAAGGUACCACAGCUGCACCAUUACUUAAGUACUGUUUUCCUGGCCCAUCGGUAAGCACCUUAGACCUGAAGAAAUCUCCAUCAACAUAUAACACUGUUAUGUAUAUGCUACCGUUAACUAUGUUGAACACACUUGAUGGCAUACCAACCAAUAAAGGAAAUGGAAUUAAGAAGUGUUUCACUUGUGUUCACUAUGAUGGAAUGCCAUUAAAUAUUGGGACAUUCCCGAGGCAAGAUAAUGGGGAAAUAAACUUCAAUGGAUUUCUACCGGCAAUAAAUCUUCAUCAUCACAUGGACGAUUUAUACAGAAAUGGCAAUGCAGCUGUUCAUCACUACAAUAAAGGAGAACUGUGA